CCAACCAAGCCAGGAGAACACCUGAGAAGACUUGGGUGCAGCUCUCCCUUCGCCGUGUCACUGCUGAAAAUACUGUGAAGGCCAGUUAGAUCCCGUGCAAACAUGAAUGUCAUCCUUUUCAGAGACACCCAAGUGAAGAUAAUGGAGAAUACAAUUGCCAAUGCAGAGAAAUACUUUGGCAAAUUCUGCAGUCUGAUGGCUGCCUAUACCCGCAAGACUGCCAAACUUCGGGACAAGUCAGAUGUUUUGGUGAAACAGCUCAUUGACUACGCAAACACGGAAAAUCCUGAGCUGAGAACUACUGUGAAGAACUUUGCUGAAGAUCUAGCCAGAGUGCAGGACUACAGGCAAGCGGAGGUGGAGAGGCUGGAAAAGAAGGUCAUUGAGCCCCUCAAGGUGUACGGAGUGCUUAUCAAGCAAGCCAGGGCUGAGAUUAAAAAGUUCAACAGCGCCCGGAAAAAUGAAAUAAAGCAGCUAGAGAAGCUGGAGAAGAUCCGACAGAAAUCACCCUCUGACCGACAUAUGAUCGUAUCCUUGGCUGAGCGUAAUUGGGUCAAUUUCUCCUUCGGCUUCUGCAAGCGUACCCCAGCCUCCCCGAUGCCCCACUACCCGAGUUCAGACUUCCCCAACUCCAACUUCCAGUGCAGGAAGCCCAACUUAAG